AUGUCCCUCGUACAGCUAGCUAAUGUAUGUGCUCAUCUGCAAAAUGUCUCCAUGGCAAAGGCUCCUCUAGCCAGUAUUCCAUAUACGCGGUUACACUUGCAGAUUGCAUUUGGACUAUACAAAGAAGGUUUCAUCUCCAGCUUACAGCGUGGAUCACAGAACGGACCUGAUCUUACACCAGUUGAGGUGACUCCAGAUAAUGUGUCUACCCGUCGUUUAUGGCUCGGCAUGAAAUACAGACAGGGAAUGCCAGUGCUAUCCAAGUUCCAACUUAUCUCCAAACCAAAUAGAAGAGUUUACGCCGAAGCAGAGGACCUCAGAUCCUUUGCAUCUGGUAACAGCUUUAGGUUUGUCAAGCCGUUGAUGCCAGGUGAAAUUGUUUUUGUGAGACCAAAGGGUGCCAAGGAGGUGAUAAAUUUACACGAGGCUGUGAAAAAACAAGUAGCUGGAGAGUUAUUAUGCAGAGUUUACUGA